GGUGCGGUGCGAGCUUCCAGCAUCUUCCCCAUCCUCAGUGUCAUCCUGCUCUUCAUGGGAGGCCUGUGUAUAGCUGCCAGCGAGUUCUACAAGUCACGCCACAACAUCAUCCUCAGCGCAGGGAUCUUCUUUGUGUCUGCAGGCCUGAGCAACAUCAUCGGGAUCAUCGUGUACAUAUCAGCCAACGCAGGGGACCCCUCUAAGAGCGACUCGAAGAAGAACAGCUACUCCUACGGCUGGUCCUUCUACUUCGGAGCCCUGUCCUUCAUAAUGGCCGAGAUGGUGGGCGUCCUGGCAGCCCACAUGUUCAUCGACCGCCAUCGGCAGCUCCGGGCAGGGGCCAGGGCUGCCGACUACCUCCAGGCCUCGGCCAUCACACGCAUCCCAUCCUACCGUUACCGCUACCGACGCCGCUCGCGCUCCUCCUCCCGGUCCACAGACCCCUCGCACUCCCGCGACACCUCGCCUGUGGGCCUCAAGGGCUUCAGCGCGCUACCCUCUACAGAGAUCUCCAUGUACACGCUGCCCCGGGACACCCUGAAGGCCGGGGGCACGCCGACCACCACCUACAACUCGGAGAGGGACCAUACCUUCCUGCAGGUCCACAACUGUAUUCAGAAGGAAAAAGACUCGGCCAACACCAACACAGCCAACCGCCGCACCACACCAGUAUGAGGGAGCCCUGAGAGCAGAGCCCGGGGGAGUGAAGGCAGGGAGGCCCCCACCCAGGUCUCUAAUAUACCAUAGGCCAGGAUGAGUUUCCAUCUUUAUAGAGAUUGAUGAUUUUAUUUCAUUCAACUGCAUGAUUUUUCCAUCUACCAUUGUUGAGAGAGUCUAAAGGGGUUUGUUGGGUUCCUUUGGAGUAAAUGGUUGUACUGGGAGAAUGGGGCAGAUUGUCCUUAGAGACUGAGUGAUUUUAAUGGGUGGGGAUGGGUGAUGAGGGUGGAUC